AUGGAGCAAAAAGACAAAGUAAUUCUGUGGCUAGCACACGAUGAAAUAGAUGACAUGCGUGAGUACAUCGAAGAACUAAAAAACAAUGACAUUCCAGCGUAUGCCCGGAUUGCUGUGUGGGGCCUUGCAUUCACUAAAUCAUGGUACAGAAGAAUAGAGAGGCCACAAUUUGCCAUAUACAAUACAAUUUUAAAGUGCAAGAAAAAGCUGCCCUGCCCAGACUGCUAUAAGAAGAUCAUGCAGAAGAAGCAGGCAGAGAUAGAUAAGAAAAAGGGAAUUAAAGGCAUGAUAGACACCUUCAGUGAGGUAAUGAACAAAGAGACACCAAAAACAAAUGCUUCAGAAGAGAAUAAAGAAGACACAAAAAAUGAUGAAGCCAAAAAGGACUCAGAAGAAAGCUCAGAUAAAAAAGAAAAAGAAGAAGAAGAAGACUCAGAAAGUGAUGAUUUGCUUGAUGAUGACGAGAUUGCUUCUAUUAUAGGACAUUUAGACUGCGACUUUUCAAAAGAGGAAAAGUCAGAAAAAUCAGAAACAGAGAGGCUGUACACCAUGCGCAUAGUAAUGUAUGCCCUAACUAAGUCAUACGAGUACAACAUGCUUAUUUCACAUGAAAGAGUUCACAAGAAAAAUGUGGAUAAAAUAUUUGGACUAUGCAUUGGUGCCUUUUCCUAUUUCUCUGCCUACCACAUUGAAAAUCUGUUUAAAGUAGUCUUCUUUUUGGCUUCGAACAUAAACGGGAUAUUUUCUACCAAAAAGGGCCAAAGCAUGACAAAAAAGGAGUUUGACCGAUUUCUUCUCUUUGUCCAGAACACAGCAGCACUCAGCAAAAACAAGUUUAUGAUUCUGAUAGAUGUAAUAUCUUCGCUGAAUCAGGAGGUACUAACAAAGUUUAUAUACGACAUAAUAAAAGGAGAUGUAUCCGUGUCCGGUGUACAGAAGGAUUUGUUUGACAAGUACUCCAAGCCAAGUGUAAAUGAAAUUGAAGAAUUCAAGAAAAACAAUCCAUUCUCUAUUUUGUCUAAAUUUACACCCAGAAUCAUCAUUCUGCACCAAAAAGAGACUAAAACACUGGAUGAGUUCAAGAGAGAGAACGCAUACUUAAAAGAGAACAUUGAAACACUGUUGAGCGAUCUAAAACACUCAAAUACAUGUGGAUUCAUUGCACAGCUGAAGAAAGAUCUAGAAGAAGCGAAUGAACAAAUCAAAAAGCUUACAGAUAAAUAAAGAUAUGAUGUU